AGCAUGAUUUGUACUUUAAGGUCACAUGAUAAAACCAUAGGUUUGCUAAACAUGCAACGUGUAUGGGUUGAACUACUUAAAACAGUUUCUGUUUUCUCUGCAGAACUGUAGGCUUUUGUAGUCUUAGGGUGCCUGGGAUAUUAGCUUGCUAUACAGCAGCUAAAGAAGCGACUGUAAUACACCCUCAUAAUCUGCUUCCUGCAUAAUAAGAAGGGUUAUUUCCUCCAAACUGUAAUUAUAUUUCGUCUGACUAUUCACGGCAAAAGUCUCGGCCAGUUGUAUCUCUGGAACAUUUUCUUCAAGAGGUUACAUUUUCAAAACUUCACAAAACAGGAUAUUAGCUCUGCAUAGGAGGAUGAUUUCUCACAAUAUGACAUGGAUAAGGUAUCCAAGCAGCAGCUGGGACUCCUCCACUAACAUUGAAGACGUCAUAGCUUCUCAAAACAUCAUAUCAAGAUUUAUGCACUGUUAUAUUGCCUUUUUUGUGCCAGCAGGUUUAUUAACUGGCAUACUGAUCCUCAUCAUCUUCAUAAAGGAGUAUUUGCAGCAUCGCAUCUUAGAAAACCUAAAUAUAUUUCUUUUAGAUUUCACCAUCAGCAAUAUUGCAAUGAUUUUUUUCUCAUUUACUGUCAUACCAAGACCUGGCUAUCUAAAGGCAACCCAUUUAGGAUGUGGAGCUCUGUCUUUUUUUUUCAAUGUGAGUUAUUUCAAUUCUCAGUAUCUUUUGAUUUUGAUGCUUCUUACUUUACUCAGUCCAUUUUCAUCCAGGACUAGUUGGAUAACUAGAGCAACUCAAAGUCCCCUGUUAUGUGUUGGAUUUAUACUAACGUGUGCUUUCUGCAUGUCACUGGUAGUGGUGGCACUUUUAGGCACAGACAAUUACCAUGUGAAUACAGACUGCCAGGUAGAUCCAUUAUUUGCAUGGCCAGAAUAUGAGAUUAUUAAAUUCACCUUUGGAUUUGGAAUUCCUUUGAUUCUCCAGUUACUCUGUUUUAUUCUAUUCUUCAUUAAAGCAGCACAAUCAGAAGCAGGAAUCCUAAGAAAGCAUAUUCACAUUUACAUGCUUGUUAUAACCGUAACAAUGUUUGCAUGCCGUCUAUUUUACAAUGUCAUGAUUCUCUACAGGACCAUGUUAAAGAUACAGGAAAGCAUUGGAACUUUCAAGACUGAGUUAAUGAUGAAUAUUGCAGAGAUCAUAUUAUUUAUUGAGAGCUGUGUUAGCUUGAUAUUCAUACUUUGUCUUCAUAAACCAUUGAAGAAUGGAAUAGCAGAAAUCAUAGCAAAAUGCAAAAGAACAGACGCUACCAACAACCGCCAUGAUCUCGAUGACAAUGCACUAUGAAACUGCAUCUGGUGAUUCCUUUGCCCUGCAGAGUGCUGAUAUUUUGCAUGUUUUAAAUAAAGGAUAGAUAUCCAUCUGAUACAUCUUACAAUUGGUAACAACUGAAGGAAAAUAGUUUCUCGGUCCAAUUUUUCCUCAAGGUCUCACCAUCAAGUUGUUAUUUAUAUAAAUUAGUUCCCUGAACUUCAAUGGGCUUGUUCCAAUCAAAAUCAAAAUUCUGAAAAAAGACCACUUACAUCGGAAACAGGAUGCUUUUGUGACAACACCAAUAUACCUGUACAGGAGUAAACAGAAGCACCUUUGCCAAAGCUAAAAACUGGAGAAAGAGACAUUUUGGUUUCUUAACUGAACUUUCACUUGGAAUUUAAUCCUUCAAGGCUACUAAUAUUUAUACAUUACAUGCUGUUGCCUAAUUCCAAGGGUCAAAGACAAUAUCAGUAAAAUACAGGAAAAUUUCCUGAAAUUGUGAUAUACUGUGUUGCCAGAGGGUGGGGUGCAUGAUUCCACAAUUUUAAAACAUCCAUGUUAAGAACAUUCUCUCCACCUUCCCUUCCCUGUUGGCCUUGGAGAUAAUAGUAUUUUCAUGAUUUCUGUUUCAAUUCUCUUGUGGCAAAAACAAUCUUGAGUAGUAGGGAAGGGCUAAGCCUAUUUAUCCAUGUAAAGGGAGCAGCCUUUGGAGAAAGAAGCAAGUUCCAGUGGCUCAAGUAGAAGACAGUGCUGGACUGAAGGGAAGGCCUCCUAUGGUCCCCUAUGAGACAAAGUACUGGGAAGGAGCAACAAGAUGACAGAGCUACCAGGAAUAACCAUAACUACAUCCCCACAAAAAUGGCAGGCAAUUGGACAAAUACAAGAGCUAUCACUGGGAACAAUAAUGGGAAGAACCAAAAAAAGAUAACAAUACCUACCAAGAAUCCAGUACACGUGGACUGUUUUCAGGGUCACUGACUUGAAUGUAUUAAAAAAAGUUCUGCCAUUUAUAGAGUGGGAUUACAUGACUUGCAGUCACAGGGAGAUGCAUAGUCUUGCUAAGGGCCCCAGUCACCUGUAUCUGGGAGAGACGCCAUGUUAUGCACUGGGAAGAUACCCAUAUUAUCUUUCAUCAAGUUUGUGCUUGUAUUUCCUCAUACAGCUUUGUAUUGCUGCUGUUCUGAAUGCACUGACAACUCAAAGAAGGCUGUAAAAAAGUCAUUAUAGAGCUAGGCAGAAAUGUAAAACAAUCUAGGUAAGAAGCAUUUUAACGGCCAAGUGCAGAACAGAACACUGAAAAUCUCAGCCCCAACCUUACAGUGCAAGCUGAGAAAAGGGAGAGUAAAAGACUGACUCAUUUGUUAGAUCAGAUCUGUCUAACACUUGGGCUGUGUGGAAUUAAACUGCAGCCCCUAGGCUUCUGCCCAGGCACUGCUCCCACCCAUUGCUAGCUCCAGGCCUCCCCUUCCUCCUCCAGCUGUCACUUCCCAUGCUGUCCCAGGAUUCAGGGCAGUGCAGCAGCACAGAGAGCUGUGGAUGAGCCUAGGGCACAUGGGCAAUGAAUGGAGGGGAAGGGAUGAGGGUUACAGGCACAGUGCAGUGGUAGGGCACCUGCACAGGCACACAACAUAGUUGAAGAGCAUGGAGGGGGGGGAGGAAUAAUAUACAUCUAGUUUUAGCCAAAGUAUCCAAAAUUAAGCAAUGAGAGUUCUUGAAAAAAUCCAGAGGAGGAUCCAGAGGACAGAGAGAGAGAUAGAGAGAAAGAGACUGCGAAAUACAUACAUACUCUUCUAAGACUUCAGAUUGCUCUGAAAACUGUCUUUCAGUUAAGUAAACUGCAAAAGAUACAAGCUUCUAGUUGCUAAGGGUUUCAGUUCUUUUUUUAAGUGUGAAUUUUAGUGUUAAUGAAAUAUGUGGGAAUGGCAGCUCUGGAGAGUAAAGGCUUGCUUGCCUUCUCUGCAACAGUUCGCUUUUGUGAAAGUGAUCACACCAUGCUGCACAGACUGGAUUGGCAAUAGAUGAAUUAUAAUUCAAAUUGCAAUAUCCCCACAACAUUACUGGAUCUAGACCAGCUGCAUCCUAGAUUCAACCCAAGCACAUUUAUAGGUCAGAUGGCUUGAGCUGAAAACUUCAUUUAACUUGAACUGAAAGCGGGUUGGAAUAGAGACAAAACUCAAGCUAAUAACGAAGCAAAGACAAUUCUUCUAUAUACUGGUAUAACAUACACUACAGAAUUGCCUACAAGUCCCACCCUUAAGUCUAAACCUGACCUGCAAGAAUGACUUCUCAGUGGAAAGGAUAUGUUCAGCUUCAUAGCACCUUGACAUCUUAACCUUCCAAAUGUUGGGACAAAUUAGUGUUAGUUGUGCUGGUGGGUGCUGGUGGGUUUUAUGUAGGACCUUCCACAAAGAAAUGAAAAUGGGGUAUCCCGUGAAGAAUUAGUAGGCUGAACUACACUGUACAAAAAGGGGUGAUAUUUUUUUACAUGUUUUCCUUUCUUACUUUGUAUUUUGAUUGCUAUGUGAAAGAUAGAUGACAGGUUAUGGGGGCCUCCAUGCAUUGUCAGUGGCCCAUAUUGUAAAAUUUGAGAUAUUAGAAUUCAGUUUUUGUAACAUACAUUUUAAUAAAAAUAAAGAUUUGUGGGGUUUUUUUCACCAGAAUAGAUUGCAAGAGUCCAGAUGGUCUUCCUGUUUGAGAACAUUCGUUUUUAAAAGGAAAAUGUUAAGAGAAUUGCAUUCAUUUGCCAAUAGUUCUGUAUAAAGUUUUUUUCAUAAAAUACAUGCUAUUAGAGGCUUUCUGAUAUUUCUGUCAGGCAUGGAACACAGCUGUCCACUUGAACGGAGGCUGAGAAGUUUUCAUUUGUUAGGAAGUGGAGAAAAAACACUUUUUUGGGUUGAAAAAGUGUAGGAAGCCAGAUGGAAAGAAUGUCACCCAAUGGUUAAAAGUUACAGUAUCUCUUGCAAGAGGAAAAGGAGUAAGAAUUUGGGGAAGCAGCAGCAACCUUCCUCAAACAUAGCUGUCUGCUCUGGUCAAGUACUGCACAAUGACAUCAGGAAGAUAAACAAUCUAUCUUAUAUUCUCUACAGAUUUUCACUUAUUGCUAAUUUCAAAGAUACAGAACACUGGCUGUUACAAUGCCAAUUUUUCUGCAUAUGAAAAUAUUUCUGUUUAACACCAAAUGUUACUUUACAGUUUGCUCCUCUUUCCUCUGGGAACAAUUUAGCACCUUGCUUCCCCUGAACCUGGCACGUAUCAGCCCCUGCCACCAUCGUCCUGAUUGAAAUCCUGCAUAGUGCAUUUGACACAACUCCCAGUGCUGUUCCACACUUCUCUCAGCAGAUUCUUCCAUCUCGCACAUUCCUGGGAGCCCCCAGAUGGUCUCUUCCCAGUUAUCUAGUCUGCUAGAGAAACUGCCCAGUUGGCGGCUGAUGCGGUGAACUGCUGGGAUCCUUCCUUGGCAUACGGUCGCCAAAGUUUCUACUUCCUUUACAAACCCUGCUUUCUGCACCAUAUAGCUGGAGACAAGGAAGCAAAGCCUGUCAAAUCAGGUGGGGAAGGCAGAAACUCCACUUGUACGCAGGAGUUAGAGUUAGGGUUGGGUAUAUGACCAAUCAAAUAAAAUUUGGUCAAUUAACCAGUCAAAUAUUGGUCAAAAAUGUAAAAAAACUGCUAACAGGUCCAAGCAAUCCACAGAGAAAGCACAAACUGUCCACAAGAAAAUCAGCAUCUGGCUGAUGCAGGCCAAAUUUUCCAUUGAGAAAUGUGUCAAAAAGCAAUACAAAAAAUAUCAUAUUUCUAUCAAGAAAACUAUAAAUAAAGUAGGUGUGGGGGGAGGUUGUAAAAAUGCUAAUGAUCUUUGACUGAUCAAAAAUAUGCAGUCAAUUGACUGGUCAAUUGAAAAUACUUGACCAGUCAAGUCAAUUGACUGGCUUGCCAACAUUAGAGUCAAUGAAGACUCCAUUUUAAGAAAUAAAUAGAAUUAUCAAACGAGUCUAGAAAAAUCAAAAUAGUUGACUAUGACAGAAAAAAAACAAACCUCUUGGAAAACGCCAAUGCUCAACUACGUCGUUCUUACACUUUACUGUGCAAACCAGUUGCAAUCAAGUGACUUCUCAGCAACAACAGAGAUGAUGAGGUAUGUCAGGAGAGCUGUAACUCCGAUACUUGUGUGAGUAUCAUUUAACAUGGGUUGUUAAGAUACCGUUUCACUAUAAAACAUACAUGGGUUAUCAGCAAAUGACAAUAUGAGAGAAAACAUAUCACAUUCAAGAGCAACUAAAAUUGGUUUUUUACCCUUUUUUAAACAUAGAAAGUCUGAACAAUCAGAUGCCUCUGGAUUAAUCAGUAUCACUGAUACUGUGACUGGACAAAUAAAACCCUACAUUCAUAGCUGGGGACCUACUUAACUUGCAGCCAAUCUAAGCCAUUUUUGUGGCUUUGUCCUGGCAUGAAAAGCCCACUUCACAGGCAUUGUGCCCUUGGCACUGAUUGCCAGAGAGACUGUUGAAUGGGCGGAGGAAGGACAAGGGGGCAGAUGCCGUCUUGAUUGCUGGCUGCCCUUGAUCCAGCCCCACCCCGUAGCACUGAUUGGUAGAUAGGACCCGGGGGAAGGAGGGACAACAGCCAUCUUGUCAGCUGCCCCCUUUGUGCCACCUUGCCAGCCAGUGCCUUCCCCUCCUGGGCAGCGUUCCCUCUAAGCUGUGCGGCGCGCUCAUGCUGCGCGGAGCGCUCAUGCUGCGCUGCCAGGCACGCCUGCACAUCCACGCACGCCGCACAGCUUAGAGAGAAUGCUGCUCCUGGGUGGGAGACUUGCCCGGGAGGGGAAAACUUAAUAAAAAAAAAAUUGUUAUUAAGGCCCCCCCGAUUUUGUUGACAACCCUGGAUUUCCGCAGAAUCUGCAAAGUCACAAUGUAGGUAGGGCCCUAUUCAUAUCUAAAUGUGUUUUCAACAUCUUCAUGAAAAACGUUCAGAUAUUUUGGUAUACUAUGACUUCUCCAGACAGCAAAAACAUCUACUGAAUAUAAUGCUCAUUUCAUUACAGUAAAAAUAAUGGUCUUUCUGAUCAUUUUCUCUGCUUCGUGCUUCUAAUAGUGGCUAUGCUUAAAUAAAUCUCUUGCUCAUUUAAAAAUGACCAGACCCUCUUACUUAAAAAAAGAAAAACAAUGUUCAGUGAAAUUUAACAAGUUCUUGUAAAUAUGUAGGAAAGGCAACAUGCUGACUACUUGUACUUUAAUUUUAAAUGUAUAAAAUGAACUUCUGAAAAUCUUGAAUAGUUAUAUAAAUGGGAAUGUUAUAUACAUGAAUACUGUGGUAUAUAUACAGAUUUAUAGCCAAAUUUAGGUAAGCAGCUAUAGAAUGUUGCAUCAAGCAGAACAAUGAGUGACAUUUUACAGGAAGAAGUCAGAUCACAAAUACAAAAAGAAAUCCAGUUAAAAGGUAAUGGCUAUUAUGUCAAACGCAUUUUAUUUUGUUCUUUUAAAUGAGAAAGAAGAGCUUAAUGCACUGCUCUGUUUUUGAAUGUUCUUAGGCUUCUCUUUCCAGUCUUGAUAGAACAAUUUGAACAACCAGUAGGUGGUGUUUGUGCAAAUAGCAGCUACUUCUCUACCCGUGGAGCUGAAAAGCAAAACUCCACCUGCCAUACUGGAGCUUAGAAGCAAAAACUGAUUCUCUAAAUUCACUGCACCAUUAAGCUUAUUUCUUAUAGGUGGCCUUGAGCUGAACAACAUCAGAGCAGUGUCAAGCUGCGGAUACACUUGGUGCUUAUGACAAAUGAAAUACAAAUGAUAAAUCCAAAUACAACUGACUUGAAGGUGGCAUGCAGUGCAGCCUGGCAUCACCUAAAUAAAAGUUUUAACAUAUCCACUAAUAACAUAUCUGAAUAUAAACCAGCCUUCUGGUGUUUGGAAGGAAAUCAGCUCUGGACAAAUGGCUAUAUGGAUACACAGGAAUUAAGGUCCAAGGCUAUUCAAGAAUUGGUAAAAAAGAGACAAAUGGAGCUAAAAUUCUGCCACUUUCCAAUCUGCAACAAGGAACACUCUUGAAGAAAAACUUGCAUUAUGCAAUACAAACAAUCAUUACAUUCAAAAAGUUUCUAUGUAAUCUAAAACAUUAAGUCUCUCAUUUGCAGUGUGGAUGGUACCUUGUAAAUAGCAAAUUUCUUAAAUAAUUUAGUUUUCUGGAAAUUGAUAACUUUCAGCCAAUUUCAAGCCAAAUUGCCUUGCCUUCCAUUCCAUUUUAACGAGUUAUAAUAUCCUAUGAAAAAGUAAAUCUUUCUUCAAAUCAUUAAAAGGAUUGGUGUUAAUGUCUUUGGAAAUGCCAAUAAUUUAACCAUUUGGCCCUAAAUACAACGUGCAAAUGGUGAUGUAAUCUUUCCAGCAGAGAUCAGAACCAUGGAAGCUUACACAGCAGCAAUAUCAUCAGUUAUUUGUAACAGCACAUAUUUUAAACCUAAUGGUUCACAUUUGUGUAAUGAAAGCAUAUCAUCUAGCUCAUCUGAUAAAUCAGACGAACAUGAACAAUAUGUUAUUGGGCUUUUCUUAUCAUGUCUUUACACUAUAUUCCUUUUCCCUAUUGGCUUUGUCGGAAACAUUCUGAUUUUGGUUGUUAACAUAAGUUUUCGUGAAAAAAUGACUAUUCCAGACCUUUACUUCAUAAAUCUUGCAGUAGCCGACCUCAUUUUAGUUGCUGACUCCCUCAUUGAGGUUUUUAAUCUUGAUGAGAAGUAUUACGAUAUCACUAUUAUUUGUACUUUCAUGUCUUUGUUCCUUCAGAUCAACAUGUAUAGCAGCAUCUUCUUUCUGACAUGGAUGAGUUUUGACAGAUAUAUAGCACUUACGAAAGUAAUGAGGUCCAAUAUAUUUCGCACCAUGCAACAUGCUAGAUUAAGCUGCGGCCUCAUAUGGAUGGCAUCAAUUUCUGCAUCACUGGUGCCAUUUAUAGUUGUGCAUUUACAACACACUGGAGAGGUCUACUUUUGCUUUGCAGAUGUGAAAGAAAUCCAGUGGCUAGAAAUAACGUUGGGGUUUAUCAUCCCCUUUGUGAUCAUCGGUCUUUGUUACUCGUUAAUUGUUCGAGUUCUCAUAAAAGCGCACAAACACAGGAGUCUUCGAUUACGGCGGCAAAAGGCUCUUCGGAUGAUUUUUGUAGUCGUCCUCGUUUUCUUUAUCUGUUGGCUACCUGAAAAUGUCUUCAUCAGCGUUCAGCUUCUUCAGGAAAAAGGAGAGCCAGCUUCAUCAAGCAGCCAAUCUUUUAGGCAUGAUUAUCCCUUAACAGGACAUAUUGUAAACCUGGCAGCCUUUUCUAACAGCUGCCUGAACCCCCUAAUUUACAGUUUUCUAGGUGAAACUUUUCGGGAUAAACUACGGUUGUACAUUGAGCAGAAAACUAAGAUGUCAACAUUAAAUCGCUUUUGUCAUGCUGCCCUAAAGUCUGUCAUUCCUGACAGCAAUGAGCAAUCAGAAGUUUAAUUUAGUAGUGCCGUAUAAAAACAUUCAACUGUGAAAACUGUGCAAAUAUAGAACAUAAUGCUUGUUACUAACAGAAAAAAUAUGUAUAUAUCCUUCCCUACUGAGGACUGAAAGUUUAUACUCUAAAUAUUUUUAUGACAAGACUUUAAUGUGAAAGAAUACAUUUUAGUCAUUUGUAUUUAAUAAUGAACAGGAUUAUUAAAAACCUAGUAAUGAGGGGGGCUGUAUUUGCUUUAUACUUGUAUGAAUGAUAAUAUUGCAGAAAAUUUUAUCCGGCUAGGAAGACUCUAGAUAUAACUCGAUUAUCAGAGAUUGCUACUUUCCUGGUAUAUGUAAGGUGCUGCCACUUACAUAAUGAAGCUGCCAUACCAGUGGAAAAACUCAUUACAACAUACUGAUGUGGAGAAGCAGAAAAAAAGUUAUUGAUUUUUUUCAUCCAAAUGAAACUUUGACAACUUUGCUAAGAACUACACAGUAUAGCUUAUUCAUUGCUCUAGCAUGCAUUUGAGCCAUUGAUAUUUUCUCUUAAUUUCAUCUAAAAGGUUCUAUCCAGAGGUUUAAGUUUUUUCCCAAUUUGUAACUACUGUUUACAUCAGCACUUCACCAAGUCUGAAGUCAUAUGUAACCCCCAUCAGCCAUCUUGCACAUCACAGAGAAACUUCAAAAGAGACAUCUGCUGUUUCAUUUUACCUUUAAAUACUGCCUAAGAAAAAUCAGGUUCUCUUGCCACAGCUGCAGGUGCACACAAACACGUUUACAUCAAGUCCUUAUAUUUAAAUGAAAGUCAAACAUUACAUUUUUCUAUUGUAACAUGUUUGUCUCGAUUGUAAGAAUGGAAUACUGUAUCUUUUUAAAAUACCUUCUGCAAGCAUGACAGUGUAAGAAUCUCUUAAUUAAAAU